AUGGCCAGCUCCAAGGUCAUAGGGGCUGCUUUCAUUGUGUUGCUGGUUGUGGAACUUGCAUGUGCUGCUAGGGUCACAGAGAGGUUAUUUGGUGGAAGAGGCGGUGGUGGUGGCGGCGGUAGUGGAGGAGGAGGAGGUGGUGGUGGUAGUCUUGGACGUGGUUCUGGGUAUGGAUCAGGGUAUGGGUCUGGUGGGGGUGAAGGGUACGGUGGAGGAACAGUAGGAGGAGGAGGAGGAUAUGGGUCCGGAUAUGGGUCUGGUGGUGGUGGGAAUGGUGGAGGAGGAGGAGGAGGGGGUGGCAAAGGUGGAGGAGGUGGUGGAGGUGGAGGUUCUAAUGGUUCUGGUUCUGGCUAUGGCUCUGGUUAUGGAGAAGGAGGUGGACAAGGAGGUGGAUAUGGAGGAAGAGGUGGUGGAGGUGGCGGCGGCGGCGGCGGUGGAGGUGGUAGUGGAGGUUCUGGGUAUGGCAGUGGCUCUGGCUAUGGUUCAGGAUAUGGGUCUGGUUGGGGAGGGGGUGGAAAUGAUGAGUCUCCUUAA